UUCCAUUUUAUUUUUCGUGUUUUGAGGUUUUAAAAUGCCAGAAUCAGCCAAGUCCGUUCCUGCCCCGAAGAAGGGCUCCAAGAAGGCGGUGACCAAGGCACAGAAGAAGGAUGGCAAGAAGCGCAAGCGCAGCCGCAAGGAGAGUUAUUCCGUGUACGUGUACAAGGUACUGAAGCAGGUCCACCCGGACACCGGCAUCUCGUCCAAGGCCAUGGGCAUCAUGAAUUCGUUCGUCAACGACAUCUUCGAGCGCAUCGCGGGCGAGGCGUCGCGCCUUGCGCAUUAUAACAAGCGCUCGACCAUCACUUCCAGAGAGAUCCAGACGGCCGUGCGCCUGCUGCUGCCCGGAGAGCUGGCCAAGCACGCCGUGUCUGAGGGCACCAAGGCUGUCACCAAGUACACUAGCUCCAAGUAAACUUGCCAAGUAAGCGUCUUUACACCUAACCCCAAAGGCUCUUUUAAGAGCCACCCCCAUGUCCACAAAUAGAGUUGUAAUCUGCUGCUUAUUUUCUGUAAAUUGAAGUUUGGGCCAAAGUACUGUGCAUUAAUUAGAAGACAAAGAUAGAUAAAUUUGUAAGUCUUAUUAAUGGGUCUAAGGAAUGACAAGUGAAGCUGUUACACUGCCAGGUUAUUGGGUUUUGGCAUUGUUGUGUCAAAUGUUAUCCAUUACCCGUUGCAAUUAGGGGCUCACCCCAAGUAUAAAGUCAGCUAUUUUUUGAGUCCCAGUGAUCAAUGUACUGUAAUUGACCUACAGCUAUCUGAACAUGAAAAUUAACUGCGUAGGUGCCUGGUGGUUUGUAAUACGCAGUCGGGGUUGACGAACUGUUUUAAGAGAUGCUUGCAACUUGUCAAGUUUCCAUGGAGGUUGAACUGAGGGCUGGCACUGAAAGGCGGGGAAACUAGGCGGGAAGAGAAAGGACGCUAUUGAACUUGGCAUACAAAGUCUCUAGCAGAGAACGUUCCCAAACCAGGUAGUCGCGCGGCGGGGAGGGGGGUUGGGGGGUAGCUGGCAAGUUCCACCUUCCCUUAAGCAGUUUAAUCUUUGUUGCAGGGGAAGAUUUUAAGGUGAAAGAAACGCAUUUUCCAUUUAAUUUAUCCAAGUCUAUAACACAUUUUCAGCACCUAGGAGCAAACUUUGCUUUCUCUGUAAAAAAGUGGGAGACUACAGGAAUAAAAUUUAUGUUACAAGGAAAACACGGUUUUUUGUUGUUGUUUAACGAUUUGAGGUAAGAUACAAUGUGAUUUAGAUUACGUAACAUUAAGACUCCGUGAUACUAAAUGUGCAGUUUUCUUUGAUACCUGGGAAAAAUACUAAGGCCUGUCUGGCGCUAGAUAGGCGUCCAUUGGAACACGGCUCCACAAUUACUGGCUGCCUAACCUGGAAGUUACCUGAGAAUGAGGUGCAGCCCUGGCUUAAUUAAGGUAGAAGUGCAAAUAUAGGACAAUGGCACAUGCUUAUCACACAAGCUCUUCAGCCAAACUAUAAGGUUUCCCAAGUCCUUCAACAACUGAAAUUGGAUUUUUUUCUAUACCCCUAAUGAGCCUGCCCAAGGACUGAUGAUCCAAAUCAGACUAACCUCUCCUCACUGCCAACUAAUCAUUUUACCCCCAAAAUGUGCAAACAUUCACUAUCCCAGGCUGACUACAAGGUUUUGUUUUGUUUUUGUUUUCUCCUUCUCUUCCCCUCUUUGACUCACAUAUAAAUUCUGGUUUGCCUUUGUUGGAUGAAAUAACAACUAUUGCUUGAUUUUUCUUCAAUACAAGAGCAGGCUGGCUAAUCAUUAACACUUGGACCAUUUAUUUCUGAAGAUUCCACCAAGACAUUGUUUACCCGAGCCCUACCUUAGGAAUCAAUAGAAAUGUGAACUGAAAAUGUACCUUGUCUAGCCCUGGGCACUUUGAGUUUUCUGUUCA